AUGAUUCCAAAGAUUUUCCGGGAAGGUAGAACAGUAGAAGGUCGAAGAAAAACCGCAAGAAAUCUGGCCGAUAGAAUUCGGAAGAUCUCCGGGGACAAUUUAAGAUUGCAAGGGUCGAUCACUCCAAACACUAUUCACCACCACCACCACCACCACCACCACCCGAUUGUUUCAGUUUUCGCUACAGGUGCUCAGGAAUCCAGGGUUGAUUUUCUUUUAGAUAAUAGUGCUUAUGUCGGACGACUUUUUAACUGAUGGAAGUGUGAUAAGAGGUCGAAAUCAGAAUGGUAUUUGUUUCUUUAAUGGGGCUUCUGUUCCUCCAUGUGAAGGGAAUCCCUGCAACGUGUCUUCUGUUAGGGAUUAUCCGUGAGGUUGUGGACCGAUUAUGGGUUCUCUGGAAGUUAAUCCAUCUUCAUCAUCGAUCAAUAAGAAUAAUCAAGAUAACGAUAUCGAGACAGGUUAAACUUUUAUCUCACGAUAUGUCAAAAUCUAUAAAAGAUGGAAAGAUGUGGAUGAUUGUGGAGUUUCAGAAAGUAGACAAUCAAACCAUGUUGAAGGAUGAAAUCAGGGCCCUGUUAAUUCAAUGGUUGAGACUGAUGAUGAUGGUGGUAGUGUUAUCAAUGAAUCUAUACGAAAUAUGAAUUUUCCUCAAAGAAGAGUUUUUGGGGUUCGAGAUUUUCCUCCUUAUUGUGGCUUGAAUGCAACUGAACCUACAGAAGAAGAACGGAUAAGAAUCAAUGGAAGAGAAGCUUUGCAAUCAAGGAUAAUGGAUGUGGAAGAAAUGCAAGAUUGACUGAGCUUACGGUGGUUGGUACUUAAGAGUCAAUGGGAAUGUCAAAGCUGUGGUGCCAACUGGAAAAUCUGCAGAGAAAAGUAAAAGAAUGGGUGGGGUGGAGGUGGUGAGUGGUGUUUAAUUGAAGUGGUUUGCAGUUUUUCUGAACAAACAUUCCAUGAGGUAAGAGUGGGACCUAUUGCUAAACUUAAGAAGCAACAAUGAGGUCAAAAGACAAUCCACAUUUCGAAGUAAAAUCUCCCACUUGGAGGCUGAGGCUGAUUUAUCAAUCUGCUGUCAACCAGACAUAAACCAUGUAAACCCUCUCUCUCUCUCUCUCU